AUGUUUGCAUCCUUGAUUGCAACUACCGUACUUUGUGCUGUUCACCCCAUUGAGAUUAGAGAAAGGCAUUUUUAUGAUUCGGUUACUGGAAAACCAUUUUUCAUUAAAGGAGUUGAUUAUCAGCCCGGUGGAUCCUCAGCUGUCAAUCAUAUAAGCGAUCCACUUUCAGAUGUCAGUAAAUGUGCCAGAGAUAUCGUUUUAUUUCAAAUGUUGGGAAUCAAUACUAUUAGAGUCUAUUCUAUCAAUCCUGAUUUGGAUCACGAUAAGUGUAUGACACUAUUGGCUGCAGCCGGUAUCUAUCUUGUACUGGAUGUGAACUCACCACUUCCAAGCCAGCACUUAAACAGAUAUGAACCCUGGUCCACAUAUAACACCGACUACCUUUCUCAUAUUUUCAAAACAGUCGAGGUCUUCUCAGGAUAUAAUAAUACGCUGGCUUUCUUUGCUGGGAAUGAGAUCGUUAACGACAAGCUGUCUGCCAAAGUCUCACCAGCUUACAUCAAGGCUGUUGUCAGAGAUCUCAAAGAUUACAUUAGUUACCAAGUGCCUCGCAAGAUUCCCGUUGGCUAUUCAGCAGCGGACGACUUGAGCUACAGGAUAUCGCUAGCCAAAUACUUGGAGUGUUACGAAAGCAGCCCUUCUGAGAGUGUAGACUUUUACGGCGUCAAUACUUACCAGUGGUGUGGGGAACAGACUUUCCAGUCAAGUGGCUACAAUAUUCUGGUCAACGAUUACCAAGAUUACAGCAUUCCAAUCUUUUUCUCCGAAUACGGCUGUAACGAAGUUCUACCAAGACAAUUCACAGAAGUAUCCAGCAUUUACUCAAGCCAGAUGUCCUCUGUGUUCUCUGGUGGCCUUGUAUAUGAAUUCGCACAAGAGCCGAAUAAUUAUGGGUUAGUUGAUUACGAUAAAGAUGGGAAUGUUCUUCUCUUGAGUGACUUCCAUUCUUUUAGAGAACAGAUGUCUAAAGCAAUUGAUCCGCCAGCACCCAAAAGACCUACUCUGCAGACUCAAGGCAAAAGUGAUAUCUGUGAGGUGCAAUACCAAAACCUUGACAUCACAAGUGGUGUUCCUCAGUCUCUUGGGGCGGACCUUAUCAGCAAUGGGGUGAGAAAGGCAUCAAAGGGCAAGUAUGUGUCAGUCACAGAAGAAGACAUGACAUCGAAAUAUAAAAUAUUUGAUGUGGAUGGCAAGCUUAUCCUGGAAAAUGCAAAAAUCAAAGUGGUGCCCGAACCACGGGUCGAAACCAAUCCUGUUAUCUGGAAUAACCGUAAGUUAAAAUUACUGAGUCCAAAGUGGGACGAUUAAGAGAGCUUUUUGGCUAUUCUUAUAGUUCUUAAUCGCAAAAUACUGACUUUAAUCAGGAGCUUCUAAAACUAAAUUGUCGUUGCUUUUGAGCGUUGUUUGUGUUUGUCUGACGGGAUACUUCGCGAGUUAACUAUAAUUCCAGCUUUUUGGACAUGGUUGAUAGAUCUAUGUCACCGCUUUUACCUCCUGACUUCUUAACAACUCGACAAUCACUAAUACUCAUCAUUUUGUCGACAGCUUUGCACAUAUCGUAAACGGUAAGCAACGACACUGUUGCACCCGUUAACGCUUCCAUUUCAACGCCGGUUUUCCCAUUACAGUGCACCUCACAGUUUACUUUGAUGCAGUUCUCUUUCUCGUUGUGAAUCAGGUCAACCUUGAUUCCAGUGAUGCUGAUUGGAUGACAGAGAGGAAUCAACUCGGCGGUCUUCUUCGCAGCCAUUAUCCCUGCGACUCUCGCAAUUGAGAUCACAUCUCCCUUCUUGUUGCUUUCUGAUAGCAGCAAUCUCAUCGAUUCUGGGUUGCUGAACUUUAUUGAACCCUCUGCAAUAGCACUUCUAUGGGUGUCUUCUUUUUCAUGAAUUGCAACCAUGCGGGCUUCGCCCUUUGAGUUAAGAUGAGUUAAUUUUCGUGAAGUAGAGUAAUUUCGUCUGGCAAGCAAACACGGUUUCGAGACUUGACAUGUUAGUAUUUCUUAACGAGCGAGCAGUCAGCAGCAAUAAAUAACUUUCAAAUUUCAUUCAUCCUCCAAUCAAAAUCAUGGGCCUGUUGGGUUGAUCUCCCAAUACGUCAAUCCCUGCAUGUUUCUCCUUCUUAUUUUUCACGGCCUCACCUAUGCGCUGCAUUAAUUUAUCGUCGCUGUAUCCAGCACGGAGCAUAUCUCGCAGAGAUACUUCUGUGUUAUCGAACAGGCAAACUUUCAAGUUACCAUCAGAGGUAAUCCUCAAACGUGUGCAAGUACUGCAAAAGUCCGAGGUCAUGGACGUUAUGAAACCCACUUUCCCCUUGAAUCCGGGAAUUUGGUAGACUUUGGCCGUGUCCCCGUGUUUAUGGGGGAGUCUUUGGAUAUUCGGAUGUCUCACUUUGAUAUUGGAAAGUAUGUCCUCAUAUGAGACCAGCUUAUUCGUAGACCACUUGUUUCCAUCGAAAGGCAUGUACUCUAUAAAACGAACCUCGACUUUAUCAUGUUUGCUGAGUUCAACGAAAUCCAGUAUUUCGUCUUCGUUCAGAUUCUUCAUUACUACCACAUUGAUUUUCACCUUGGGAAUGUCCAAUUCAAGAGCCGUUUUCAAACUUCUCAUUACUGCGCUGAGUCCGUUGCGUCGCGUUAUUAAGAGAAACUUACCAUUGAUAAGAGUAUCAAGACUCAAAUUGAGCGACGUCAACCCAUUCUUGAAAAGAUCGGGUAAUUUUCGAUGGAGCGCUAGGCCAUUGGAUGUCAUACAGAUCUCUUCAAUGCCUGAAAUUUGAUUGAGCUUGGACACAAGCUCAACGAUAUCUUUUCUGACCGUGGGCUCUCCGCCAGUCAGUCUGACCUUCCGUAUUCCGUGCUGAGCAAAUAUUCUGGCCAAUUUGACUAUCUCCUCUGUCGUAAGCAUAUGUUCUGGUGGCGACAAAUCAACGCCUUCCUCAGGCAUACAGUAAACGCAGCGGAGAUUACAUCGUUCGGUAAUGGAAAUACGAAGAUAAUCGUGCUUGCGCCCAUACGUGUCUGUCAGAAAGUCUUUCAAAUGUCUUA